AUGGCUGGCACACGAUUCGCCGAGGAACCGCCCCAGGUCAUCAACCAGGCCGACCUCAAGGUUGCCAACGAGAAGCUUGAAUCCCGCGACGAGGGCAACGUCAAUGGUGACACCAGCGCUAGCGAUACGGCAGCUUCCAAAGAGCACGACCAGACCAUUGACCACUCGGAGCACCUAAACGGUAAUGGCGCUCCCAAUGGCAACGGCAAUGGCGCCAAGCUCGAGAAGCUGGGUACCCACGAUAAGUACGAAAUCACCGAGGACGACUGCUACGAAGAGCUGGGCUUCUGCUUUCCCAAGUGGAAAAAGUGGUACAUCCUCACCGUCAUCUUCUGGGUCCAGGUCUCGAUGAACUUCAACACCUCGCUCUACUCCAACGCCAUUGGUGGCAUCUCCGAGGAGUUCAACGUGAGCGCCCAGGCCGGCCGCUGCGGCGCCAUGAUUUUCCUCGUCCUGUACGCCUUUGGCUGUGAGCUUUGGGCCCCGUGGUCCGAGGAGUUUGGCCGCUGGCCGGUUCUCCAGCUCUCACUUCUCCUUGUCAACAUCUGGCAGAUUCCUGUGGCCCUGGCCCCCAACUUUGCCACCAUCAUGGUCGGUCGCGCCCUGGGCGGUUUGUCGUCCGCUGGCGGCUCCGUCACGCUCGGUAUGAUUGCCGAUUUGUUUGAGUCCGACAAGCAGCAGUAUGCUGUCGCGUAUGUCGUCUUUUCCUCGGUCGGAGGAUCCGUUCUGGGCCCUAUCGUCGGUGGUUUCACUGAGGAAUACUUGAACUGGAGAUGGUCCAUCUGGGUUCAGCUCAUUUUCGGAGUCGCUGUCCAGGCCGUGCACGCCCUCACCGUUCCCGAAACACGCACCACCAUCAUGAUGAACCGCAUCGCCAAGAGACGCAGAAAGGAGGGCAACCCGAACAUCUGGGGCCCCGACGAGCUCGUCCCCUUCAAGGACCGCUUCUCGGUCAAAGAGGUCCUGACAACCUGGGUCCGUCCCUUCAAGAUGUUCCUCACCGAACCCAUCGUGCUGGUGUUAUCGCUUCUCUCCGGUUUCUCCGACGCCCUCAUCUUCAUGUUCAUCCAGUCCUUCGUCCUCGUCUACGGCCAGUGGAACUUUACCACCGUCCAGGUCGGCUUAGCCUUCAUUCCCAUCGGCAUCGGCUACGUACUCGCAUGGCUUCUCUUCAUCCCUGCCAUCAAGCGCAAUAUCAAGGAGCGUGCGGCCAAGCCCAACGACGACAGAGCCCAGUACGAAUCUCGUCUCUGGUUCCUCUUGUACACGGCGCCUUGCUUGCCAAUUGGCCUGAUUGGGUUCGCUUGGACCAUCCAGGGACCUCCCAUCCAUUGGAUCGGCUCCAUGGUCUUCGCCGCCAUCGUCGGUAUCGCCAACUACGCCAUCUAUAUGGCCACCAUUGACUACAUGAUCUGCGCCUACGGACCCUACUCUGCCUCGGCAACGGGCGGCAACGGCUGGGCCCGUGACUUCCUCGCGGGUGUCCUCACCGUCCCCGCCACGCCCUUCUUCACCAACAUCGGCGCUAGUACAGGAAAGAAUCUCGAGUACGCCUGCACGAUCCUCUUCUGCAUCUCCUUCAUCCUCGUCGUCGCGGUCUACGUCAUCUACUGGAAGGGUCCUACUCUGCGUGCCCGCUCUCCAUUUGCUCAGAAGCUGGCCGGUGCCAGAGACGACGCGGGCGGUCGUCGCGUCAGCCAUAUUGGAGGAGACAGGCGCGCGAGCGUCGCCUCUGGUGCGUCCGACGCUGAGCGUCCUGAUCGUCCGGCGUACGGGCGCUCGUACAGCCAGAACUCGCGCUUCUUUGGCGAGAAUCGGGUUACCCCCCGCGGCACCCCCAGAGGGACUCCCUCUGCUAGCAGGCGUAACAGUUAUGUCGGUACCAGACGUCAAGUUGCGAAGUAA